AUGGCUUUCAUGCAGUUCCAGGCCCUUCUGGGCUCAAGUCCUCGUGCUGGCUAUGUAUUGCGGGCCUAUGCUGCUGGUCACCACAAGCUUUACACUGCCAAAGAGAGAUGGGCGCAAAUGCUCAGAUUAUGUAGGCGCCGAAGUUUCCCAACCAUUUCCGCCGACGUCCAGGCUUUGCACACAUUUUUCAGUCUGGGGAAGUACGAGGAGUGCGCAAGACUCUACGACAAGAUCCUUGCAGACACGCCGGAUGCAGUUCAUCCAGCAGUCCUGGAACUUGGUCUUAGAUGCUUCGGGCUGCUGCAACAAAAGCAACGGGUGCAGGAGAUAUGGUCUGAGACUGAAAAGAGAAAUCUUUGCGACCAUGAGAUGUUCUUUGCCAUGCUCUGUGCCCUGGCCGACCUCGGUGACGUUGAGGGCGCUGCUCAGCUGGUGCAGCUAAUGCUCGAGGAGAACCAGGAAAUUAAUGAGCAUAUUCUUGGCUCUGCCAUCGACGCCUGCAAGAACCGAGAGCCUCCCAGUGCUUCGGCGGCUCGAUGCUUCUUCCAGGUUCUCGUGCAUGAGAGAGGCGUCCAACCCAGCAUUGUGGUCUUCACAAACCUGGUAGCAGCCCACCGAUUCGCGCCCGUUGCGCAGCUGACGACGGUCUACCAACAGAUGACUCAAGAAUUUGGUUUGCUUCCGAACCUGGUGUUCGCGGAGACGUACCUCGGCUGCGUGCUGCUCCUGGGCGACAAGUUCCAGAACGCCCGCAACGUGGAGGAGGUUAUGUCCGCCACCCCUCAACGCCAACUGAAACUUGAUCCUGAAGCCGACACGAGCUUUGAGGUCGCCGAUCGGCUGGCCGGGGUGGCUCAGAUCCGCCAGAAAGCCGCACGAGCCGCUCUCCGCGAUUUCCGGGCAGCAGGCUUGCGGCUUUCGAGGCUCUGCAAGAUCAUCGAGAAGUAUUUGUCCAAAGUUAACCGACAAAACAUGGCGCGAGAAGACGGCAUCCAAAAGAAGUGCAGAUGGCUGGUCGUCGUGGUGAAAUGUGAUCUGGCGGCUCGGUGGUUCUGCUCGCCGUCUAGAAAGGGCCUUUGCUGGGCCGCUGGGUCUCCUUUUGCACGACGGCCGGCCAUAGACAGCGUUGUCAACAACGUUUUCGAUACGAUCCUUUUGCCGGAGGCCUUCCUCGCGCUCGAGCCCAGCCUCCGCAGCAAAGUUUAG